AUCGAAUCUAUGGGUGAUUUCAAAGUACUGUGUCCAGAGGUUCCUUUUUAAAUUUCCGUUUCACUGAAAACUGUCAUGAAAUCGUCAUUAGCAGAGUAACCGAAUUUGACACGCAAAACACAACGUACGGCUAUAAUAAUAAUGGAUAAAACUCGAGUGGGAACAUCCUUUUCAAAAUAUGAGCGACAUGACGAAAGUUUAACAUCAACGGCUCUUACCUCCAGAAUACUAGAUAACUUAAACGUACUUAAAUGCAAACUGGACCCCGAUUUAGUUAACAAUAGUAGAUUAUAUCAUGACGAAAAAAGUGGUUUUGGUUUUAACGAAUCGAAACCUUUUGUACUCAAGUUUGUUGAGCAGAAAAAUAAAUUAUUCAGAAACCAAGCAAACCAUGAAAACAUCAAUGCUACUGCUAUCAAUACAAUAUCCCAAGGUAAAAAAUCUUCUAUAAAGAAAAGAAAAUUCUUACCAAAAUUAAAUCGUACUGAACAUCUACUAGCAAUAAUUCCUAAAACUGGAACAGUCAACAAAAUCCCGAUUGAUUAUCAAGUUAACCAACAGAAUCCCAAUAAAACAACAAUUGAUUCUUCCAAUGAAUGUAAUAUUGAUCAUCAAAUACAUCUUCAGUUCAAUACUAAUGAUAUCCAUGACCAAUUGAAAAUUAUACCUUACUGUAAAAGCAAACAAGUGAAAUUUGAAGCAAGUUAUCCAAACACAAAUGUA